GUAAUUAUGAGAUCUGUCUGUAAUAAUGAAGAAUGGAGAAUGAAAUGUCGAUCUCGAUCUUUUUUUUUCUGCAAAGAAUUAUUAUUUAUUUAUUUAUUUAUUUAUUACUUACUUUCGUGGUAUUUUAUACCAUAUAUGAUUUGCUUCCGUAAUAUGCAUGUUACUGUUACACAUGCAAAAUGGCUUUUUUUCCUAUUCAAUAAUCAUGCAAGGGGGGUGAGAAAGCAAAGAAAAAAAAACAAAAAAAAAGAAAAAGACAAAAAGACCUUGGCAAGCAAAUACUUUACUCCGUAA